AUGACUACCAAUCCCCCCGACGGAGGCAUUCCACUCGCGAACAUGGCAAACCCGGCGUACAGCAAGAGCAAGGGCGCCGAAGAACACAUACUCCAACUCUCGGGGGGCCGUCAACUCGCGUACGCCCACAACGGACCGUCUGAUUCACGGACAAUUGUCAUCUUCUUCAGUGGCGUGAUGAGCGUUGGAACAGCCCACGACGUCCCAGAGCCGUGCCGCAAACUCGGAGUACAUUGGAUUGCUCCCACCUUGGCCGGCAACGGCAACACGAGCACUCGGGACAGCGAGAUGCCUUACCACGUAACUCUUGCGAGCGACAUGACGGCACUGCUGUCGCACCUCUAUCCCACAGGUGCCUACGAUCGGAUCUAUGUGGCCGGCGGAUCCUACGGCACCGUCCCGGCCCAGAUGCUGUACGGCGCGUCAUAUGACCUAUUCCCACCGGGCCGCAAGAUAGUCGGCUGCGUCUUGCUGGCCGGCUUCUCCCCAUUCAAGUACCACAGGGACCAUGCCAAACACCUCAGCUGGGCCAACUGGUUCUCCGUGGGACCGCCGACGCAGCUGCUUCCGUUCCGCCUGCUGCAGCGGGCCUUCCGCUCAGCCAUAGCCUCCAAGAUGAAGACGGAGGAAGGCGCCAGCGAGUUUCUCCGGCAGACGCUGUUCGACAUGAUGGACGACGACGAGAGGAGGGUCUACGCCGAGUGGCUCGUGCGCAAGGGGACGACGGAGGACGAGUUUAUUCGGCGGAUGGCGCGGGGAGCAGUGACGUGUUGCCAGAACUGGGAUGGCUUCAUGGAGGUUUCGGACGUGAUUCAUGCGGACUGGGGAUUCGAACCGGCGAGGCUGGAUGACGAGCACGCCUCGAAGCCUGUGCUUGUUGUUGGCUCGGACAAGGACCAUAUCGGGGGGGCUACAAACAAGUGGCUGGUGGCGAAUUACAAGAGCGCCAGGGCAAAGACUAUUCCUGGAGGGCACAUUUCGUCCCUGUACUAUAUGGAUGAAAUAUUCCAGGAUAUAAUAACACGUGAGUUUUCUGUGCCUCGUAUUGAUUGA